GGCCCCUCCUGCAGCAAGCCCAGGCCAAGUCCCACAGUGCCAAGGCCGAGGGGACAUUCCAGGUGACGAUGCUGCCGGGGGACGGCGUGGGCCCCGAGCUCAUGCACGCCGUCAAGGAGGUCUUCAAGGCUGGCAAUGUCCCCGUGAUCUUUGACGAGCACCACCUGAGCGAGGUGCAGAACACGGCGUCCGAGGAGAAGCUCGACCGGGUCGUGGAUUCCAUGAAGGAAAGCAAGGUGGCCCUCAUUGGGAAGAUCCACACGCCCAUGGAGUACAAGGGAGACCUGGCGUCCUAUGACAUGAGGCUCAGGAGGAAGCUGGACCUGUUUGCCAACGUGGUGCACGUCAAGAGUCUCCCUGGGUACCAGACCCGGCACAACAACCUGGACCUGGUGAUCAUCAGGGAGCAGACAGAGGGCGAGUACAGCUCCCUGGAGCACGAGAGUGCCAAGGGGGUGAUUGAGUGCCUGAAGAUCAUCACCAGGGCCAAGUCCCAGCGCAUCGCCAAGUUCGCCUUCGACUACGCCACCAAGAAGGGCCGGGCCAAGGUCACAGCUGUGCACAAGGCCAACAUCAUGAAGCUGGGGGAUGGGCUGUUCCUGCAGUGCUGCAAGGAGGUGGCUGAGCUCUACCCCAAAAUCAAAUUCGACACCAUGAUCAUCGACAACUGCUGCAUGCAGCUGGUGCAGAACCCUUACCAGUUUGACGUGCUGGUGAUGCCCAACCUGUACGGGAACAUCGUGGACAACCUGGCGGCGGGUUUGGUGGGCGGCGCCGGCGUCGUGCCCGGCGAGAGCUACAGCGCCGAGUACGCCGUGUUCGAGCUGGGAGCCCGGCACCCCUUCGCCCAGGCCGUGGGCAGGAACAUCGCCAACCCCACGGCCAUGCUGCUCUCGGCCUCCAACAUGCUGCGGCACCUCAACCUGGAAUAUCACUCCAACAUGAUCUCAGAUGCUGUGAAGAAGGUGAUCAAAGGUGGAAAAGUGCGCACGGCGGACAUGGGGGGCUACUCCACCUCCAUGGAUUUCACCCAGGCCGUCAUUGAUGCCCUGGAGGUGUAGUGGCCUCACUCCUGCCCCUGGUGACUCCAAUAAAGUGGCCUCAGGCGUGA